AUGUGCAGCCAGGAGAGAGCUGCGGCGACGGCCUCGCAGGGUAGGCAGAUGACUCCGAGCCUGGGAGACGGCAACCCCGUGGCUGCAACCUCCUCUGCUCCGCAUUUUCCUGUUGCAUGGUGUUCAGUUGCACCUCACCGCACAGAAGUCGGUGGCACGUCGGGAGAAGAAGCAAGUAUUGCCCAAGCCGGCGCAUCUGCCUCUCCUCAAGUCCGCGGGCCAGCUCACGACCGCCCGCCCACCACCCGUCUGAUACCACAGAGCAUGGACUUCACAUUUCAGACUCCCAAUCCCACUGCCAGCACCAGCACAUUCACCAUCACCAGCACCAGCCCCUUCGUCCACACCACCACUACCGCCAACACUGCCAACACAUCGCCUCUCGUCGCAGGGGGCGCCCUGGCAGCACCGAACAGCCCGGAACUAUCACCGGCUGGAUUGCGGGCGAAUCUGAUGUCAGGUAGCGUGCCGGAGGAUCGCUCAGCCGAGACGCUGAUACUCCAAAAGCGCGCUGCAGCAGGUGAAUUCGGCGUUAUCGGCGGCGGGCGGCGGGCGGCCGAGCCGGAGACACGACCGAUAGGGGCACUGCGAGAAUGA